AUGUACUAUGUGAAUAAACAAGGGGGAGGCCACUCCAGAUUACUCUGCCUAGAGGUGAUCCACCUGUGGCAGUUCUGUAUUGAAGAGGACAUCACCCUGGUAGCUGCCCACUUACCAGGCGUGCAGAAUCAUCUUGCCGACCAUCUCAGCAGGACCGUCUCCCUGAGUCACGAGUUGUCACUGAAGGCAAAAUACACUGGCACAAUCUGGGCUGCACGAUCCUGUGUUCCUGGACGGGCUACCAUAUUCUCAGUAAUCAACGGAUACAAUCCCACCGAGGGGGCACUCUCUAGAGCCUGUGGGGGUGCUGGAGCCGAAGGGGACACCGAUUCUGCCAUUACAACUGUAGGAGGGUGCUGGGGAUUAGCAGCAGCCAUCCUGAAUGUGUACGAAGCCCACCACAGCGCCCGGCUGAGGCAGCGAGCCAUCACGGAGCUGUACGACCACAUCAAGGCUGACGACAGAUUCACCAAGGCCAUCAGCAUUGGCCCGGUAGGCUGCUCGUUACCGUUCCCAACGAAUCAACGGAGCUGGCUCCAAUUCCUGCCCAGGUGCGGGAGAGUCCGGCCUGGGACUCCCCAGCUCUGCACAGAUGCCCUGCUGCUGGCACGUAACCAUAGCAACCAGCAAUCCAGGCAGGCUCAGGGCCUGCUGUGCUGGGCGCUGCACACAGGAGAGUUCACGGCGGAUGACAAGGGCAUGAGCAGGCUGGUGGGAGAGGAGAGCGUGAGCAACCACUUGGACAUUGUACAGUGGCAAUGGAGGCUGGGCGUGCCAGAUGCCCCCCUCUGCAGAGUCUUUGCUGGGGACAGCUGGGGUGUGUGGAGCCAGCUGGUGGAAGGCCGUGGCUGGAGAGUGAUCUCCUGCCCUGUGAUGGGGAACGGACAUGGGGAUGCCAAGGGGUCCGUUCUGUGACCAGAGCCCCAUGUAGACGUGCUCGCUUGCCUGCAGACAGCCCCCAGCCUGGGGUUUGCUCUGGGGCUGGUCACGAGGUCAGGUCAUGCUGUGCAGGCCCAAGCCGAACACCACUGCGCUCUGCAGGGGAGUGACGCCUUCUCUCUCGGCAGAUUUCCAAGACCAUUAACAUGCUGGUUGGCUGGUACGUGGAUGGGGAUGUUGGGGUCCACUAGGCAUAGCUACCAGGUAACUCGGGAGAGUGGAAGGCCAAAAGUGCCGAUGAAGCUCUUUUGCUCUGGGCCUAUCUGAACCCCCAAACCCCAUCUUGUGAACUCUCACCUACUUCUAUGCUAACUGUUUACAUGCUCUGAAGUAGGCUGAAGCAGAAAUGUAAUGUCAGCUUUUUAGCAGAUGGCUGCAGUUUCACUCACACUAGCAGAAAUAAUAGAGAUAAGAAGCGGGGUAGUUAGUUUGCAGGCGUCUAAUCCAAGGUCGCAAAGACUGAGAAAGUUUUCUCACAAGCUUAUGUAGAGCUUAUUGUAACAGUUGUCUGGAAGGGAGGGGUAAGGAGGAACAGCCAGACAAAGAGAUGUAUGCAAACAGUUUGGAGUAUAAAAGGUAAAA